CUUCCUCUGAGACAUAACUAUGAACGCUAGGGUUGUGGUACUGUUGGGUGUUGUGGUGGUGGCCGCGGCAGACAAGCUACCCUCCUACACUUACAGCGCCCCGCAGGAUUCGGACGAGUACUCUGUGGAAUCAAGUGAAGCCAAGUACGACUUCAGCUACGCCGUGAAGGACGACCUCUCAGGCAACGACUUCGGUCACCAGGAGACCCGCGACGGUGACAACACUCAGGGGUCGUAUUACGUGCAGCUUCCCGACGGUCGUCUGCAAACUGUGACUUACUACGUGGAAGGUGACUCAGGCUACGUGGCUGAUGUCAAGUACGACGGAGAGGCUCGCUACCCUGACUCUGAUGAAGUCAGGUCCUACACCCCACCCAGGCCCCAGUACUCCUCUCCAGAGUCCGAUGAAUCUUAUGAGACUCCUGUGUAUGUUCCACCUCGCCCAUCAUACAACCCACCAAGACCAACAUACAACCCACCCCGCCCGACAUACAACCCACCCCUCCCCGCAUACAACCCACCCCGCCCAACAUACACCACACCCCGUCCCUCAUACAACCCACCUCGCCCAACAUACACCACACCCCGUCCCACAUACACCACACCCCGUCCCACAUAUAAACCCACCCUGCCCAACAUACAACCCACCCCGCCCCAACAUACCCCGCCCAACAUACAACCCACCCCUGCCCAACAUACAACCCACCCGCCCAUCAUACUCAAACCCCGAGCCAGAGGAGUCUCGUGA